AUAUCAACACAAGUUAUAUAAUAUAAACCGACUGUCAUCAUCAUCAUAAUCAUUAACAUUCAGUUUUGGUCAAUUAUGGAUUUCCAAAUGGCUAAUGGAAGCCAUAAUCAUCAUCAUCAUCAUCCGGAUGAUGUACUAAUGGCCACAAAUAAUCGAACAUCAUCAUCAUCAAUUUUAUAUGAUUUUAUUUCAACAACAACAACAACAGCGACAACAACAACAAUUGGAAAGAAUUUCACUCAACAUUUAUUAUUACCAUCAUCAACAUCAACAGCCACGGCUGUAUCGAUUAUUGAUCAACAGCCAUUCGAUACAGAAUCAACAUCAACCAUAAUCGCCAUCAAUAAUGAUAACAAUAACAAUUUAAUAGAUGAAAAUCAACUAAUAAAUCAUAUGUUAACAUCACUUAAGAUGGCAAUUGAAAAUAAUUGUACCGAUCUAGAUCAAACAUCAUUAUCAUCAUUGUUAUAUCAUUUAAAUAUGACAACAACAUCCACAACCUCAUCUGCUACAUCAAUGAAUAAUAAUGACAUUUUAGCCGAAUGGUUACGUAAUGAAACAAUAGGAUUAACAAAUACAUCCUCAUCAUCAUCAUCAUCUUCAUCACCAUCAUCGGAAUUAUUGUUGAAUGAUUUCAUCAAAUUUACAGAUUUGAAUGAAAAUCAAUCCUCAUCAUCAUUGGGAACAUAUUGUCCAUCAGCAUGGGAUGGUGCAUCAUGUUGGAUGCGUACAUUAGCCGGCAAUGAAGCAAUUAUACCAUGUUUUUCUCAUUUUAAUGGCAUCAAAUAUGAUACAAGUCAAAAUGCCACCAGAAUGUGUUUACCAAAUGGUACAUGGGCUGAACGUGCUGAUUAUGAUCAAUGUAAAGCAUUAAAUUUGGCCAUACAGAUACCGAUUGAGAAUCUUCAUACAACCUAUAUUUAUUAUUUCGGUUAUGGUCUAUCAUUAUUAGCACUUUCGAUUGCUCUCUUUAUAUUUCUUUAUUUCAAAGAUUUACGUUGUGUACGUAAUAUAAUUCAUACAAAUCUAAUGGCCACGUAUUUAUUGAUUGCCAUCUGUUGGAUAACCACUGAUCGUUUGCAUGCAUAUCCAUCACCAACGUCACAAAAAGCAUCGUGUAUAACGGUCAUUUUGUUAACAUAUUUAAUGGGUACAAAUUUUUUCUGGAUGUUUGUCGAAGGUCUUUAUCUUUAUAUAUUGGUAGUGAAAACAUUUUCCAUUGAAUUUGUUAAAAUAACCAAUUAUUUGAUUAUUGGUUGGGGUGCGCCGGCAUUAAUCAUUAUAUGUUGGUUAUUAUCAAAAUUUUAUUUCUCCAAUUAUGAUUCUGAAUUGGUUCAAUGUCCAUAUCAAGCUCAAGAUGAAUUUGAUAACAUCUAUAAAGUACCGAUUUUAUUGGUUUUGAUUGUGAAUAUAUUUUUUCUUUGUAAAAUAAUGUGGGUAUUGAUCACUAAAUUACGUUCAUCAAAUUCAAUUGAAUCAAAACAACGUCGUAAAGCGGCAAAAGCAUUAUUAGUACUCAUUCCAUUAUUAGGUGUUGGUUAUAUGUUAGUAUUGGUUACACCGACACAUCCUACAGCCAAAUGGGUAUUUCAGUAUUCACAAGCCGUACUUGUAUCAACACAGGGAUUUACGGUUGCUGUACUAUAUUGUUUCUGUAAUGGUGAAGUAAGAAAUUCAUUACGAAAUCAUUUUCAACGUUUCCGUUUACGUCGUACAUUACAAUAUGGAGGCGAGUAUCCAGCACAUAAAACAACAUAUUAUCGUACAACUGCAUAUCAUAAUUAUCAUCAUCAUCAUCAUCGUCAUCAUAACCAUAAUAAUUAUAAUAAUAUUCAGAAUCAGAAUAGAAAAUAUUCAAAUAAUAAUAAUAAUCGAUUCAAAUCACAAUCAUUAUAUUGUUCUUCAUCAAAUGUUUCAGGCCAGAAAAUUCAACAUACAAAUCAAAAUAUUCGAUUACGUGAUUCCUGUAUAUCAUAUACAACGACAACAUCAUUUCUAUCACCUAGUUCAACUGUUAUUACUGUCGGUGGUAUUGGCCAUUCAAAUGGUUUUGGUUCCAAUGGUAAUGGUGGCCAUUUAUCAUUAGCAUCAACAACAUUAACCGAUGUUCAAGAAUCAAAAGAAUGUCUAAAAAUGUCUUCAAUCAAUAAUGAUGAUGAAGAUGAUGAUGAUAAUAAUAAAGAUAAAAACAAUGGCGACAACAGACGAUUCGAUAAUCGAACAAUAACAACAACAACAACAACAACAAAUGAUGGUUAUCAUCCAAUACCAACCAAAUGAUGAUGAUGAUGAU